UGUUUCGUUUCGUAACGAAAAGUUUGGAGCUUUGGAGCCCAGUUAACUCAUACCACAAAACAUAAAAUGCAAUCAUCUCUAUCGGUCAGUGUGGUCAGCAUCCCGCUAAAAAUUGAAUUUUGACGUUUUGUGUUAAGGUUGUUACCGGUUUUGCUAGACAUUUGUGAUACUUUUUAUAAAACAGAUACUUUAAAAAUUAAAAAUAUUCAUUCCUUAUUCAAGCUUCACCGUCUGCGUUCACUAAGAUGAGUGAUUCAGGUGAGGCUUCCAUCUCAGAAGCACCAAGUGAUACAUCCCAAAAUUCAAUACAGGCCCUCAAAGCAGAGCGUAGAAGGCUUAAACAGUUACAAGAAGAAGAGACAGCUGCCCUAGAACGCAGAGAAAGGGCUACAAAACAGAUCAAUUACCUUCUUAAUUUUUGCAAAAGUUACUGUGAUUUCAUUAAAGACCAAAUUAUUCCUACAGAUAAGAAAGAGGUUGUUAAGAAAAAACAUAAGUCAAAUCCCACAUUAUCUGACCUGAGGGAAGCAUAUCAAACAAAGGAGUCUAGUAAAGAGAAUAAUCAAAACAAACGUAAUAUACUUUUUGAUGAUGAAGAACCUGUAUCUUUAUGUGACUCAGCGGAGAUGAGCGAGAAAAGAGGGAAAGAAGAAUUCAAGUAUUUCAAGGGAGCCCUGAGACCUUACCAAAUAGAAGGUGUCAAUUGGUUACUUAAUCUCCACCACCACGCAGUGAAUGGCAUCCUUGCCGACGAGAUGGGUCUCGGUAAGACCAUCCAAGUGAUUGCCUUGAUAUGUGCCUUGAUGGAAGAUAAGAAACCUGGUCCGUUCUUGAUCGUCGUACCUCUAUCGACUCUGCCUAAUUGGAAAUCCGAAUGGGAAAGAUUUGCUCCAGAUAUCCCCGUGGUCUGUUAUCAUGGCUAUGCCAACAGCCAUGUACAGUUGAGGAAGAACAUUAAAAUGAAAUAUAGAGUGGGAGAUUAUCAAACACACCCCGUCGUCCUGACACCUCACCAUUUCAUUUUGAAAGAGGGUGAUUUUUUGACUACUGUGAAAUGGAAGUAUGUGAUUGUAGAUGAAGGUCAUAGGUUGAAGAAUAACGAGUGCCAGUUCACUAGGAUUCUGAAUACAUUUUCUGCCUCAUGCAAGCUGUUGCUUACUGGAACACCGCUACAGAACAACAUAAAGGAGUUAUGGUCUCUUCUCAAUUUCCUUAUGCCACAGAUCUUUAAUAAUGUCGACUCUUUUUCAACUUUAUUGAUGUUGGAAGAUGUUAAGGAUGAGAACAAAUUCAUAGAGCAAGAACAAAAAACGAAAAUGGUAACGACAAUUCAUCAAAUUCUGAAACCAUUCGUUCUACGUAGAUUGAAGAAGGAUGUUCUGGAUGAUUUAGUUCCAAAGAAAGAGGUUUUAGUGUAUUGUAACAUGACCGACGAACAGGCCACACUUUAUGAAUCUGUUAUAGAGAAGAGUAUAAUGUUGCUUUUAAAAAAAAGGGAAGAGGAAGAUAUUUAUGAGCCUAGUCGAAAAAGGAGAUGUACACAAGAUAGAAAAUAUUACAACAUAAUGGAAAACAUAGAUGAGUCUUAUGAGUUUGACCUGGAUUAUAACACUAGUCCUUAUGGUACGCCAAGAGAAACACCAGAAAGAAGCAUCAGCGGUUCAGACUCAAGCGUGCUCAGCACCCCGAGUAGUUCUCGCAGUACUUUCAGCAAUGACCAGAUAAAAUAUGUGGACAAAUUAACAAUGACUAGGCCACUGUCUAUGUUAAUGAAGAUCACAGAUCAUCCAUACUUGGUGCGUAUCCCCCUUGACCCAAACUACAAGCAAAAGACAAUGCUAAUUGAUGAAGGUGUUGUUAGGAAUAGCGGGAAGAUGAUCGUGUUGGACCAGAUGCUGGCUAAACUGAAGCAAAAAGGACAUAAGGUUCUCAUCUUUUCCACAUUGUGCAUGAUGCUGGACAUCAUCGAAGAUUAUUUGAUAAUGCGCGACUACAAGUACUGCAGACUGGACGGUACACGAAGCUUGUCGGAUCGUGGAGAGAAUGUCGAUGCAUUUAACAGUGAUCCCUCCGUCUUUGUAUUCCUCCUGUCGACCAGAGCUGGAGGACUUGGUUUGAAUCUCACUGCUGCUGAUACUGUGAUAUUCUUCGAUAGAGAUUGGAAUCCUCAAGUAGAUAUUCAAGCACAAGAUAGAUGCCAUCGUAUUGGUCAAACCAAACCUGUUAUGAUUUAUACUCUAAUUUGCAAGAAUACCAUCGAUGAAACCGUUCUAGAUCGUGGAUUGCAUAAGAGGAUUUUAGAAAAACUAGUCAUCAAAGAUGGAAAAUUCAUGGGCUCCGGCGUGCAUGAGGAUAAAGGAAAAGUAACAUCCAGCUUGAUGGAAUUGCGUGACGUUUUUAAGAAAUCUAACAACGUCAAAAAACAAGAUAUGUCUGAGGCCGAAUUUGAUACAUUAUUGGAUCGUUCGGAGCUCUACGAAAUGAUGGAAAGAAAAUAGGGAAAGUACCUGCCUUGUUAUGUUAUUUGAAGCUAUGAUCGAAAAAUACAAACGUUUUAUUUUGUUCCGAUUCAAUCGUUGAUAUGUAUAAGGAUUAAACGUUUGAGACAUCUCACUAUUGCCUUUGACCUUCCGUUGUUUAUAUUUUAAUGAGAUUCAUUGGUAGAAACAUCACAAGCUUCAAGUAUUAUUAUCUUAUGUUUGUAUAUGUGAUACUUUUACUUUUCUCAGUAUUCCUUUUGUUGUUAUAUAUCCACUUUUGUCUUACUAUCAUCGAAAGUGCCUUGACAAUUUGUGAUAAAGUAUUCUUGUUGCCAUAAUCUACUUAGUCACAAAUAAAAUAGAACGUUAGUCAUCAUUAAUUUUCUAAGUUUGUUGUAGUUGAUUUUCCUUAUGGCAGAGUCAUUGCUUAUCCUUAUUCUGAAACUUACAGGUUUUAGCUUACAUUUCUUUUCCAGCUUGUUGACUAUUACUGCUUUUAUUCUACAAAACUUGAAUACAUAGUUUUGAGGGCAUUAUAAGCAGUCAUUUUCAAAUAAAUCAGCGCAAAAUGCAAAAAAUCCCCUCAAUUAUUACCUUACGUGGAGAUACGACAAAAAAGGAUGAACCGGCAUUGUAAAAAUAAUCCGUGAAGUAUAAAAAGCAGUAAUUUGUUGACAAUUCUGAAUCCUAAGGAGGAACCGCUUAUAAUAAUACCCAGUAAAAAAAAUAUUUUACACAUCCCAGUCAAAAUGGUUUUAUUUAAAGGUAAAAUUAUGCAGUUAGUAAGAUGUGAAUAAAUUUUGAAGUGGAAUAUCAGUUGUAUCGCUGGAUCUCCCUAAUAACGUUCUGGUCUACCCCGAUGCCGUCGCUGAGUCUUUGGGGAGUGCUUUUGAAGCGGCGACUUAUGUUUUUCCAAUCUAGCUGUACUUAGUUCUGAAGAGGUGUGGAAGAUGAAAUAAAGAGGUUAAUUUCUUUGAAUCAUGUCCCGCAUCUAAUGAAUAGCAAGCCAAACGUGUUUCUCCGCGACCCCUUCUGUCUGUGCCCAUUAUGUUUUCCUAAAUAGAACCGAAGCGCGCGUAUCUAAAAACAUUGUUAUACUUUUCAUUAUCCCAAUUUUUUGGUCUGAAUUCGGCUAGCUAGUUUGGGAUGAGAUACUUCAAGAAGACGAAUCACCUCCUCAGAAGCAUACCCUGAGGACUGGGCGAAUGUACAGGGUGAGGCAGAAAUGAUGACCCGGUUUAGAAAAACUGAAUAACUUAUAGACUUAAAAUCUUUUCAUUAUGAUUUGUAUGUAAUUCCUUUUUUUAUUUAGUUUUGAAUACAACUUCAUCAAGAUGGUGGCCCUCAGCAGCAAUACACUGAUGAAGUCUAUUUAUGAGGUUUUGAGCUACUUUUCUAAACAUUUCUGGGGAUGUGGUGGAUGUUUUCUCAACAAUUCUGGUCAUCUAAAGUGUGGGGGAGAUGCUUCAAAACUUUCUCCUUCAAAUAAACCCACAGAAAAAAGUCGCACAUGCAACCCCAGAGGGGUGAAAGUGGGUCUCGUCGCUGCUGGAAAAAGUUGAUGUUUUGGGGACUCGUUCAAGCAUUUCUUGACAACGAUUUACACAGUGGAUGUAAUCAUCAGGCACCAUGAUUUUAUAGCGAUGGAAUGACAGUUCUUCAUGCAGAAUUUUCGUUAAAGAGCGACCAGACAUAUCCAAAUCAAUCGGAUGCCUUCAAGGAGAGCGCCUUGGUGACAAUUCAAUUGCUGCCCUCACAGCCAUCAUAUUUUGACAGAUCUGGGUCAUCCAGUUGCCUUGGGUCUUGUAGUGGAUCCAGUUUCUUCCAAUGUACGAGCCCAACCUUUAGUUGUCUUACCGCUAGCGACCGUAACAUUACGAGGAAUGUUGAAAUGUACGCGAAUAGCUCCCUGCGUGGCGAUGAGGGAGCGGCCAUUUUCAAAAAACGUACGCACAGCGAGGCCGAGAUGCUCACUUGUCCAAAUCAUGCCGUCAACUGAAAACAGGACGAUGCAACACCCACAAUGACACCCCUCCCCACUUCCUACUCCCGCCAUAGAACAAGCUAUUAGUUUGACAAACCGGUUCAUUACUUAUGCCUCACCCUGUAUAUGGCACCAGGGUGACUUAACACAUUAUCCAGCGAUACAGUAAAUGUUUUCACUACAAAAUGUAAUUACGGCUUACGUCUAAGGGCCGUAUCGUAAGUCGUUCCUACAAUUAUAGGACGCCUUUAUGACCUUGAUUUUCAUGGUUUUUCCUGUCCUUCAGAGAUGCGAUGGUAUUUCUAGAUUUCUGUUUCUCUAUUUUGAGGUUAUAUCUUCUGUUUGAAUUCUAAGAUAUUUCAGGCUGAUAAAACUUGAUUUUUAUCAUCUAUUUUAUUAGCAAGAGACUUCUUAAGAUUCAAAAAGAAAACCUAACCUCACAAUAGGAUAUCGCUCACACGGAACAGUAGAAAUCUAGAAUUACCCUAACCUUUCUGAAGGAGAGAAAAUACUAUGGAAAUAAAGGAGGCCAUAAAGGCGUCCAACAAUGUAAGAACGACCGACGAUACGGCCCUAACUGUAUCUGAAAUAUUUAAAUUAAAUUGUUGUUACUGUAUGUUCUAUUUUCUUUAUCACUAAGUAUAUUACCUAUUUACCAUUCCACGCUUAACUAGUACCGUAGUAUUUACUAUUUCCAUAUGGCUAAAAUUUAAAUAAGUGUUACUGUAAGUACUCCAAAGAAAGUAUUUUUUAUCUUGUGCUUUAAUUAUAUAUGUUUGAUGAAUACGGGGACAUCCACUUGAGCACAACUGCUUUUAAAUUAGGGCAUCUUCGUUAAGAUAUGCUAAUAGUCAUAAGAAAUUCUCAAACGAUACAUUUGUCAUAUUUUAGAAAAAUAUCUCGUUUACGUUUGCAGAAAAGACAAGAGCAAUAUAGAUGGCAGACAGUACUACUCAAAAACUUCUUAAUUUCGCUGAAGAUAAAUUGAAUUUUUUUAUGAAGAGAAUUUCAACAACAAACUUGAUUCAUAAAAAACAAAUUGCGGAUUUAAACAGCGAACCUGCGAUUUUACUGUCCCCCGUCGUUUUUAUCUAUCGUAAAGUGGAUGCCCCUUACAGUUUUUGUGUUAUUUAAACGUUGUUUUUGUUCUGCGUUUUUGAAAACUGUUAUAGAAUGUUAGGUUAGGUUUUGAUUAAGUGUUUUUUAAGCUGUGCUGAAGCUAUUGCAUUGUUAACUAUGCCGAUAAACUAAAAUGUGGCUUACCAAUUUAUGAAUAAACUAUUUUUCUACUUUUCAUUUA